AACAUUCCAUUGUCUGAAUGUACCACAGUUUGUCCAUUCACAUAUUGGAGGACGUCUUGGUUGCUUCCAAGUUUUGGCAGUAAUUAAUAAAGCUGCUAUAAACAUUCAUGUGCAGUUUUCAUGUCGACUUAAGUUUUCAACUCAUUUGGGUAGAUACAAAUGUGUGUAACUGAUGUAAGGCAUGAUAAGAAUAUGUUUGGUUUUGUAAGAAACCGCCAAACUGUCUUCGGAAGUGGCUGUACCAUUUCACGUUCUCACCAGCAUUCCCACCAGUGUUUACUGUCGCUCCACAUCCCUGCCAGCAUUUGGUGUUGUCAGUGUUUGGGAUUUGGGUCAUUCUACUAGGUUGUGUAGGUGUAUUUCAUUGUGUUUAUUUGUAGUUCCCUAAUGAUGAGUGAUUUUGAGCUUUUUAUGUAUUUAUUUUCCAUUUGUAUAUCUUUCUUGGUGGAGUGUUAAAGCCCAUCUUUAUAAUAAAUGUUUUAAUAAAGAUUUUUGUAUUUUAUGUCAGUUGCUAGAGUGGCCCAUGUCAGUAUACAGAAAUCUGAGCCCUUUGAUUGCCUUAUGGUAAAUUUAAUAUUAUCAUCUUGAAAAUUUUCCAUAUUUCUUUCUGUACUGAAAUGAAGAGCUUUGAAUGAGGCUGAAACCUAGCAACAAGCUCUCCUGAAAUAUCUCAUUGAAUGUGUUGCACAUAGAGUGUAUCAGAGGAGAGUAUAUACAGCAAAAAUGGUAACCACGCUUCAGCAUUAAUUUCAUUUGGUGACUCACCCACUCUGUCAUCCGAAGAUGGCAUUGAUCUAAAUUGUGACCUUUUCUUCUAACUCAUAUCAUUAGAAUAAUGACAGUAAAAGGGCAGUGAUUCACCACUGGAACAGAUUCUUCUUGAGAAAAUUAGCAGAGCUUUGUCAUGGAAAUCUUGGUCAAAGGGUCUUUUAUUAAAUUCACCAGGUGAGCAAGCCCAUUUUUUUGCCCAGGCAGUUAAAGGCCUCUUCUAUAAUAUGUUUUGUGAAUUCAAUCUAGCCUGACCAUGUUGUUUUGUUGAUUCUCUCCCCUUCCAGCCGUUCUUCAGGCUUCGGAUGCACAAAAUAAUUUUCCACCGAAUCAGUUGUUAAUCACCAUUGCCUCUGUAAUUUGAAAGGGCUUUGGGGGCUUGUUUUUCAGUCUGGAAUAGUUUUCACACAUAGUUUGUGGACCUGGACCCCCAUAUUGCUAUAUAUUAAUUGUAUAUCUGCACUUGUAGAGUGGAUACUCAGAAGUGACAGGGGUGUUGAAAUUAUUGUUUCCCUGUUACCAAAUGAGCACACCAUGGAGAAUGAAAAUCUUAGAGCUUUGGUAUUAAAAAUAAGGCCUAUUCAUCAAUCAGACAGAGUUUGUUUAUUAAUGCAACAUAUACUGGUCUUAUUAAAUUAUAUGUCAUGUAUGUUUAGUCCACACUUCUCUAGCCUACCAAAUUCUGGAAGGCACUGGGUGUAAUUGCUUGUAUUCCUUCUGCAAGAUACUAACAUAAAAUUACAUGUACUUGAAAACUUGAUAAAUACCUCAUGGAGCUGGAAGCAACCCUCUCACAGUCAUCUAGUCUAACUCUUCAUUGUAGGUUUGAAGCCCAGAAAGGGGAGUAGCUGGCUGAAGGUCACACAGAAAAUCAUGGGAAAGCUGAGACAGCAUCUCAGUUCUACAUCUCCCAGGCUGGUCUCCUUGGUAUCUCAGUAGCCCCUCACUAUCACAGAGUUCCUGGGGAUAAUGUUGAGUGUCCAAGAGAGUGUUAAAUGAUAUUCUGUGCCAAUUGCUUAAGAAGUAUAUAGUAUAUUUAGAAAUACUGCUUUCCCAAAUGGUCCCAGUAUAUAAACUCAGGGAUUUAAAGGGAGGUAAAUUAAGGUAUUUUUAAAAUUCCCUUCUAUGUCCCUUUUUGGUCUUCAGUAGACAAAAUGCUUUUAGGUUCAUGUUGUGCUUUUAAGUCAGCAAGAUUGGUUUCCACAAGAGACAAGAGAAAUUUAGUGUUGUAACUUCAUGGAACACCGUGUAUGGAUUUUUGCUUUGGCAUAAAGUACUAAGAGUAGCAGAAAUAAAAGCACUCAUGUGUAAUUAUUGGAAUGGAACCUUCUGGUGAAUAAGGGGUAUUAGCUUCUGGAGGUACUAUUAGCUUUUUUAAAUCUCUGGAUUAGGUAACUAGCUAGUGUUUGGUUGUCCUUUCUAUAAAUUCUUUUCCUAGUAGAUACAGAUUUUCUUCUGAAAGUUUACAUAGUUUCACAGGAAGCCUGCCUGAGCCUAAAUUAAAUAACUGAAUUCUUUAUGUUUCAGAAUAGUUUUAAAUUAGUUUUAAGAAAACAUAGGGUAAUUCAAUAAUUGGCUGAAUCAUCAAGCUAAAGUUGAGCUUCAGAGGCUAUAAAUAGCAGUACUUACUGGUUUCAAAUAUCCAUGGGGAAGAGCCAGUUAGAUUGGGUUCUGUCAGCUGCAUCCCAGUCAAUAUCAUUCUUGUGUUCAUUUAUCUGGAGGCUAAUGUUAUAUGGAUCAUAUAGAACAUUUUUUAUUCAUUCAUGCAGAUAUUAAUCUGUUAAAUAUUUAGUAAAUAUUUUCUAUGUGCCACACCCAAGGAGGACAGAGAAGCAUGAAGGACACAGUGCCUGGAUACAAAUAGAUCCCAAACUGGACAGGGGAAAUGGCAAGUAAGUAGGGACACUCCCUUUCUGGAGGCUCUGCAGUAGGUGUCAGCUAGUGGUGUGCUGGAGGCAUAGAGGAGUGAACCCCCCCCCAGGGUAGGGGAAGGUCACUAAAACCUUCUUAGGUAAGGUGGCACCUAGCUGUGCGUGGAAAGCAAAGCGUUUGACAGGGUAUACUGGGGUAAGGCUGGAGCUGGGAGGAGGGCAUGUCAGGCACUGGUCAGAGUAGCACAUGUGAUAUCAGGGUAGGGAAGUGUAAGAGGGUCUGGGGGUGGGGAGGUGGCAGGCUCAGGUCAAAGAGGGGCUUGUGAACACUAUGCUUGGCCAAAGAAAAACAUGUGCGAAGGCCCAGAGGUGGAAGGGAGUUCAAUAGGGCUAGAGCAAGAGCUGAAGAGCUUCACAGGUGGAAACUAGAGGCAGAAGCACAGGGCUAAAGGUCAGGAAAUUGGGCAACAGAGGCUAUCAAAAGGCUUUUAGCAGGAAGACACGAUCAAACUUACGCUGUUAGAAAACUCCCUUGCCAACAGUGGGAAGGAGUGAUAGCAUGGGCAGGAUUUCAAAAGGUAACAGUGAGAAGUGCAUUCCAAGUGAAAGGAGACUCAGGGAGCCCUGAAGACUCUUAGAUUUGUAAAUUUGGGACACAGCAUCUCCAGAAGGGGUGUUCCCCAUGUGGGGUGGAGGCUAGGCUAGGCUUCGUGGGCCCUGCUUGUUAGCCAGGGAAGGGGUGUCUAGGGUCUUCUCCAAGUUACAGACCAGCAGGACCUGCUUAGUGUUCAAAAACACUAAAAAGUACACAAAACAAUAUAAUACACACUUAUGUCUCCACUACCCAGCUUUAACUGAUAUUAACAUUUUACCAAACUUGCUUCGGAUAGCAUUUUUCAAUUUCUCAGGCUAUAUAAAAGCAGGUAACAGAUGACGUGGAAGCCUAAGGUUAGGGUUUUUAUUAUCCCAUCAAGGGUGGAUAAACUACAAUCUGGGAUAUUUGAAAGUUAUAUGAAUUUCCAACUUCUCUGUCCAUAAAUAAAAGUUAAUUAGCAGACAGCCAUACCCAUUUGUUUGAGUAUUGGCUACGGCUAUUCUUGCACUGCAGGGGCAGAGCUGAGUUGAGACAAAGAUGAAUCACAAAGCCUAAACUAUCUACUGUCUGGCCUUUAAGAGUUUGCUGAUUCUUGCCAUUUAACAAAAGAGCCCAAGGGGAAGUGGUUCCAGGAUUGGUUAAUUCAGUAGAAUGAUGACAUUGGGCCUCCAGGUAGUUCUCCAUGUGCAUGACUGCCAUAUGCCUGCCACAUCUAUGGCUGCCAUAGCUCCAAGCAUCAUGUAUCAUAGGACAAUGUUCAAAGGUUGUAGUGGGGUAGGGGGACUUUCCUGGUAUGUCUCUCUUCCUUCCUUCCUUUCUUCCUUCCUUCCUUCCUCCUUUUCUUUCUUUCUUUCUUUCUUUCUUUCUUUCUUUCUUUCUUUCUUUCUUUCUUCUUUUUUGGUGUGUGUGUGUGUGUGCGUGUGUGUGUGCGUGUGCGUGCGUGUGCGUGUGCGUGUGUGUGUGUGUGUGUGUGUGUGUGACUUUUUUAACAGGGAGGAUAUUCUUUCCCAGAAAGUAUAAACUUAAAAACGAAAAGAUUGGAUUGUAAGAGGCAAGAGGGGAUGUGGGGGGAGACCACUUAAAAAUCCAGUAGGCAGUGCCAGCAUCUGGGAGAGACAUGAAGUGACAGGGGCUUGGACCAGAGGGUGUUAUGUGGAGUGGAGGUGGUUGGAUUCUGGGUAUAUUUUGAAGGACAAGCCAGGGGACUGGAUGUUGGAGGAAAGUAUUUGAAUCAAGCAGGACUCCAAGGUUUCUGGCUUGGACAACUGGGUGUCUGUUAUUCCAGGAGACAAGGAAGACAGUUUUGGUGUAUAGGUGAGGAUCAAGUCUCAAUGGCCUCACUAUUUUGCCAUAUUUCCAAGUGAUAAGGAGUGAGGAUAUAAAGCAGAGGCAGUGUUUUGCUAAAAAUCCCUAUAACUCAAAAGUGUUAUUUUUCUACUCUGAAGAAAUAGAGUCUUUUAUGAGUUAGUGGAACAAUGUCAUAUAUGGGUCCAGCAUUUUGCAAAUUUACAAAGUGUUUUUAUACCCACUUUUUCAUUUGACCCUGAACUCUGGACAUCCGAAGCACAGGAAUCCUCCUCACUUUACAGAUGAGAAAACUGGGAUGCAGAGAGGGGAAGUCCAAAGGCUGGAAUGGGAGGUGUGUUCUCUCAUGGGUCAGAAGGGGGCUGUUAAAACUGACCCUUGUCUUUCAUGGGCAACAUGUUUGCUUUUGUUUAUCUUUGAUGUACAGCUGACUAAGACUACACUCUGUAUUUUCCCUCUUUAAUAUUACAUACAAACUUAUUUUAUAUUUUUAAGUAUCUUCCUAUUAUUUUAACAUUUUCAUACCAAAAAAACCAGACAGUAACUUGCGUUUUUUGCUUAUUUUUAGACAAUUGCACGUAAGUGUUUUGAAUCAUCUCUAAAAGCUUAUUUCCACAGCACAUAACGAAAUUAAUUAAAUUGCCUUUUGAAGCAGGACUGCUUUGUUUCCUUCUGAAAUGAUGACUCAUGAGGUCUGAUUGAGUCUCAUUUAUAUUCCUUCUUCAGCAAGUAAUUUAAAUAUGAGUUAUAUAGAAAGGAACAGAAGGAACAAGGAAAACAAACACACAAACAAAACCAUUCCUUGCUUUUACCUCUUUGACAAGUUAUCAGUUAUCCUGGAUGUAGAAUUACGUGGGUGAAAGCUGUCACGUUCUGUCAAUACUAAACAUUCAUAUUGACACAGCAUUGUUAACUGGCAGCUAUGUGUCCUGGGUUGUGUAAAUGGGGCAAGGAAAGUAGAUUUGGGCUUAAUACAAGGGAACAUUUUCCGAUCUGUUGGGAUGCCCAGCAUUGCUACCUUCUAGGUUGGGUGGCAGCGAGUUGCUUGAUGCAUGGAUAUGAGAAGAGAACGUUGCUUGGUGGGGAGCAUGGUGGCAGAGGAGUUUUUGUUUAACAGUCAAUCUGAACCAUGGGAGACUAGGGCAAGGUAGGUGUUUGAGUAGUGUGUUGUGGUGUGAUGAUGGUGCAUAUCCUGAAGUAAAUGCUUAUUGUGACGGUCACUUUUUAUUUUACACUUAGAAACUUUUUGAGAGUUGGAGACACAGAACUUAGUACAUAACAGGCAUGUAAUGAAUGUUUGCUGAAUGCUUGCCUAUAGGGAUUGGGAAGAGGAGGAAUGGCUGAAUGGAUGGGCUCAUGCAUGACCCAGUAUGAUGGAACUGCAAUAGGAGGGAUUCGAGAUACCUUGAUGUGGACUUUGAAGGCUGGCUUCGAAUUAAAGGGAACUUAGAGCCUGCAUUCAAUGUGAACAUUAUGGGCCAAGUGAGCAUUUCACGUGGUGCUUCUUCUGGUGGCAGUGGGUAUUGGGAGAUUGUCCAAGCAGUCUUUUUGGUUUGUUUAUUUUUCAAGAAAGCCAGCCAAGUAGGUCCCCUGAAAUGUAUUGCUAUUCCCCUCCUAGCUGUCCCACCACGCUCAAAGGCCCCCACCAACACACACAUUGGGUUUUAAUGCCAACAGCUGAUAUGCAGCCAGUUCAUUUUCUUGGUUUUAAAAAAAAUGUUUAUUUAUUUAUUUUGGGAGAGAGAGAGAGCACGUGCACAUACGUGUGCAUGCAUUUACAAGUGGGGGAGGAGCAGAGAGGAAAGGAGACAAAAUUCCAAGAAGGCUAUGCACUGUCAGCGCACAGCCUGAUGUGGGGCUUGAUCCCAUGAAUACUGAGAUCAUGACCUGAGCUGAAAUUGAGGAUCCGAUGCUUAACCAACUGAACCACCCAGGCGCAUCCGUUUUCUUGCUUUUUGUUGAGAGAUAUUUUGUUCCUUACUCCAACGAAUUUGCUAGGAAUUUUGCUGAUAGAAAGGGAAGGAGGACCCUCAAAGAAUGUGGACAGGUGGCUUAGAGAGGUGACACAGGUUGCUCAAUUUGUUUUAUAAAACAGUAAGUAAUAAUAAACUCCUUAGAGAUGUAUUUCUCCCUGAUUUUCAGAAAUACAAGGGUGGAAAGUGCCCGGGGACUGAAGCUAGAUGGAAGUGAUUUGGGUCCAUUUAAAUUUUUUCCAUUCUCAAGAGGUGAGUGGAGACAACACCUGCUUGUUGUAUGGCUGUAUGCAAAGGCCAGCCCGAUGAUACCUGUUGUUUUGUAUGCUGCAGGGUUGAAUUCAAGCCAUGAAGCCCAUCCUUGGUUUCAGCUAACUGUGGCAUGUGAUUGUGUGCAACCACGGUACAAGGAGCUGUUUGUGGCCAAGCAGAGGAAUGCCUAGUCUCUGAUACUGGCAGGUCCCCUGUGAGAAAAACCAGAGGUAAAGCAAAACCAGAAGAAGCUCAGGUAGAAGUCUCCCAAAUCCUGCAUGCUGUGUUCCGAAGGGAUGGACACCUGGAAGCCCUGCCCACCUUUGGUCAUCUGGAUAGACCAUCCACUGUCCAUAAACAACAUCCAUCAGUUUCUUCACUUCUUGUUCUUGGAAUUCUUUGUUACAUCACUGAAUAAUGGAUGAGACUGAGAGAGAAAAAGAGAAGAGGGACGUAUCUAAUGUAUCUGAAAAUAAAAAGAAGGACCGGUACAGUUCCUUUUUCAGAGAACUGCAUGCCAUAAUUCAAGCUCAUGGAUAUCCUGUAAAAGGAGACAGAUAUAAAACAUCACAGCACACUACUGACCUUUCACAGAAGAAGGAAGGCAAAGUCAAUCCGGAAACCUCCAGAGACAUAUCUAAUUGGAUUCCAUCAUUUCAGAGCUAUGAAGACUUCAAGUGUAAGACACUACAAUCAUUAGAUGGCUUUAUGAUAAUACUGAGCCUAGAUGGAGUGAUAAUUUAUGUCGGUGGAAGCAUCACUUGUCUCCUUGGCCAUUUACCAGAUGAGAUUGUGGGUAAAAAAUUAUUAAGUCUUCUGCCUGAUCAUGAGAAAAGUGAAGUCCACCAAAAGAUUGCUCUCAAACUUCCUUCGUCAAGCUCAGUGGGAAAACAUACUGACUUUUGCUGUCAUAUAAAGAGAGGAAAUGAUAAACGUGGUAGUAACCCUACUUAUGAAUAUGUGAAAUUCAUUCUGACUUUAAAAGAUAUUUCAAAUGAGCCUUUGGUGCUCUUCAGUAGCUUCUUCCCCAGUCCCUCUUUUGCUGAAUCGUGUGGUACAUAUCUUCCUCUGGAGGAUCGGUUUUAUCUGGUCGGGUCCGUUUGUAUCCUCAGGACUCAGAUUCUACGGGACCUUUUCACUGUGGAGAAAGCUGGGGAAGAUAUUCACCUGAUAAAUGACUCAGAUGAGGAACAUCUAUCUACAGAAUGCAGAAGUGUUCAAGGCCAAAUAAGAAUUUCUAGAAUGGAAUCCCUGUGUGCUGAACCUGCUGCUCCUGCCUCAGAUGAUCAAGUUGAUCUUAUAACAGUCAAGCAGUAUGGACUGCAGGAAUCUGUUCAUGAAAGUGGGAUAGAGUCUGCUACAUGUUAUGACUCCAGCAUAUCUUCCAUGGAAAGCAUACCUGAAUCGUCAGCUACAUCAUCUUUGCAGAGCUUUGAAUUCGAACCUGACGUGGAACAGGCGGAUGAUAUGGAUGAGGUGCAACAGGUGGACGAGGUGGAAAAGAUGGUUCAGAUUGAUGAGAUGGAAGAGGUGGAACAAGUAGACAAAGAAGAAGAGGUGGAGCGAGCGGAGGAGGUAGAGGAGGAGGACCAGCUAGACCAGGUGGAGCAGGAGGCCCUCUCAUCCUUCAGUGUGGCUGGUGGCAUCAGUGAUGAGCUAUUAGAACCACUACCGUCAAUUGCAUUGUACAUCAACAAACGGGAGCUGGGGCUGAUGAGGAAGUUUAGGGAGCAGCUGGAAGAAAAGACUCGGAUGCUGCAGGCUGAGAUCAGAAGCCUGCAAGACGCACUGGAAAUGAUGAAGGAGCAGCUUCAGAGAAUAGAGGAUUCCGGCUUUCAGAUCAGAGGCCAGUUCCAUCAGGUGCCGGCUACUGAAGUAGGAAGCCAGGGAUCUCCAGAUUCAGAGGCUUUCCAGGACCAUGAUGAAUUAACACCAGGCCAAAUCAACUAUUUCAUGUCUGCAGAACAGUCCAGCUUGGAUGAACACCAGUGGGAUUUUCAUACUGAACCUUGAGAGAAGAGGGACAGACAGACCAAUGAGGCCUGCAUGGCCAGGGGAACUCCAAGGCUUACAGAAUCCCCUGGAGUAGGGGUUGAAGAAUGGGGUGGGUACUUUCUUUUCUUUCUUGAUAAGUUCUGUUUGGGAUUGUUGAGCACAACCUGUUUCUUGGAAGUUGUGUUUCAGCGGCAGCCUGUGAUCCCUAGUGUGCUAAUAUGUGACAGUAGCCAGGCCACAGCAGGAGACCACUGUCCCCACCUACCCUGCUUGACCUUUCACACACCUAUUCUACCAUGGGCAGGCAUGUUGCAGAGGCUGCAAGUUAGAAUACUUUUUUUCUGCCAAGAAACAUUUUCCAGCAUGGUUUUCAAUCUAGUAAGAAGCUGUUCUGUCUUAAGCCACAAGCCAAAGCCUUGGCCUUGAUGACCAGGCCCUGAAUCUCCUCCACAGUCAUGUUUGGGAAACCCAAGGGAAUGGCAUUCCAACUGUGGGAAACUGCAAUCAGAUUAACACAGGCGCUUUGUACUGAAAUAAUCACAGUUCCAAUGCUUAAUAAAAAUUGUCUUUCGUUGCAA